UUGAGACUAGAUGGCGUUGAGAUGAGAAGGUAAGAUCUUCUCUCAUCUCAUCAUGUGUCAAAGAUCUACUUAUAGUUUUAAUUAUGCUUAUAGUGUUUUUAUUGUCAAACACAUUUCUCGACUUCAACAAUUGGGCAUUAGGUUAGUAAAUUAUUCUUUUUUGUCCAAAUUGUCCUGUAUUUUGGCGCAGUGUGCUGACGUCAGUGCAUCGAAAGCGCCCGCGCAUCGUUUAGCCGCCUCAUGGCUCCAUUAAUGUCAUUUAUACCGACGUCUCGUCCACACGUGGGUACUAGUUAUAUUGCAAUUGGAUUUCAUUGCCAUUUUCCUCUUGCAAAUAAAGUUAUGUCAGUGCGCGGAUUUUUUUUUUCAUAAAUAAAGAUUUUUUUUAAUAUUUAAAGUUACUUUUUAAAUAUGUUUUUAUUUGUUUUAAUUUUAAUAUGUGAAGUGUUCGAUUAUUGUCAUUAAAAAUUUAGUUGUGGGUCACGAAUAAUGAUUUUUCAUACAAAGCUGGCGAGCGGUGGCGGUGGCGGGCGCGGGCUGUUCUGCUACCACUGCCCGCCGAGCCUGCCGCCGCACCAGCACCGGCUGCCGACCCUCGAGUAUCCCUUCACAGCCUCACAUCCUUAUACAAGCUACUCGUACCACCCGGCGAUACACGAUGACACGUUCGUGCGUCGGAAGCAGAGACGAAACCGCACCACCUUCACACUACAACAGUUGGAGGAGCUGGAGACGGCGUUUGCGCAGACGCACUACCCCGACGUGUUCACAAGAGAGGACCUCGCGCUUAAGAUCAACCUCACCGAGGCUAGGGUGCAGGUGUGGUUCCAGAACCGAAGAGCGAAGUGGAGGAAGGCAGAACGCCUGAAAGAGGAACAACGGAAGAGGGAAGGGGAUGUGCUCACCAAACGGGAUCCCGCCGAUGAUAAGGGCUCAUCUGAAUGUGGUAUGUCUCGCGGUUCGGCGGAGGCCUCCCCGGUGUCCGGCGCGGCGGGCUCUCCUCGCGCCUCGUCCCCCGUCACGCCGGGCUCACCGCGCCGCUCACCACUGCGGUCGCCGAACCGAUCGCCCAACAGAUCGCCGAGACAUGAAAGGUCUGAAGCCAGCUGUCCGUCACCAGCGCCGUCGGUGGGCAGCGCCAGCUCGAGAGAUGCCGCCAUGGAGCAGCGCCCUCCUCACCAUAUCUUCUCACCCUUCGACCAUACGGGCGCGUUCCGCACCUCCCCUGGCGCGGGCGAGCCGCCACCAGCGCCGCCGCCGCCCCUGUUCCUGCCGCCACACUUGUCACAUCUCUCACAACACCUGAACCAUCUGUCGCAGCCCUUCUUCCCGCUAAAAGGUUGGGGUGCACCUUGCCCUUGUUGCCCUAAGGAGGAGGCUCGGUCCUCCAGCGUGGCAGAACUCCGGCGGAAGGCUCACGAGCACUCCGCCGCACUCCUGCACUCCCUCGCCAGCUUCCAGUCUCGCGCCCUCCUCCCCUUGCCGCUCCCGCUACCACUCCCCCCCCUACCGCUACUCCCACAUGAAUCCCAACAACCGGCGCCUGCGCAUGAAACGCAGAAACAUCACGAAUAAGUUGUAUAGAGUUGAGGAAUGUAUACAAUAUUGUUUCAUUCUAUAGUAUUGCCAUUGUAUGUAAUAAAUUGCAAUAUGAGGACUUGAGGAGUAUU